AUGGAUCGGGUCCUCCUCAGCGCUCAGGUUCAGGUCCCGCCGCAGCCACCGGAGGGGUGGCCGCCCGUGAGCUCCGAGGAGGAGCUGUACGACUGCCUGGAUUACUACUACCUGCGCGACUUCCCGGCCUGCGGGGCCGGGCGCAGCAAGGGUCGGACGCGGCGCGAGCGGGAACUGCGCACCAACUGGCCCGUGCCCGGCGGCCACGAGCGCAAGGUCGCGCAGAGGCUCCUCAACGGCCAGCGCAAGCGUCGCCAGCGCCAGCUGCAGCCCCGCGCGCGCACCCGCCUAAUCUGAGCGCGGGUGCGUGCGGGCUGCAGCCGCC